GGACCUACGCGUAUGAGCGCAUGGUUUUGUUCCUCCUCUCGCUGUUGUAAAUAAACUCAUUACUAGUGCCACUUGUCUUUUUUGUUUCGUAUUUAUUUGGAUUUCGAAACUUGAGGGUCUUAAGUGGAAGACUUGUUCAUCUUUGAUCAAAUAUAUUUACCUAAUUGCCCGAGAAUGUCCGACCAGGAGAACGGCGUGGACAAGCGGGAAGAGAAGCCUGAACUUGAAGCCGGGGCAGAGGAUGAUGCAUCCGAUACUGUCCGGGAUGAGGCCUCCGAGACCGGGGAGGGGAGCAAAGCAGAAGAAUCCUCCUCCUCUUCUCCAAAAGAGUUUGAAGAGAAGUUGUUAUUGCCAGGAUAUGAAGAGAAAGUGGAAACGGAUCGGACCAACCGCUUUGAAUAUCUCCUGAAACAGACUGAGCUGUUUGCUCACUUUAUCCAGCCUGCGGCUCAGAAGACCCCAACCUCUCCUCUGAAGAUGAAGCCGGGGCGUCCCCGCGUCAAGAAGGAUGAGAAGCAGAAUCUGCUCUCAGCAGGAGACAACCGUCACCGGCGGACAGAGCAAGAGGAGGAUGAGGAGUUGUUGAGCGAAAGUAACAAAACCACCAACGUGUGCACACGUUUUGACGAAUCUCCCUCCUAUGUAAAAACUGGUAAGCUCAGGGACUAUCAGAUUCGGGGGUUAAACUGGCUCAUUUCCCUUUAUGAGAAUGGCAUCAAUGGGAUCCUCGCUGAUGAGAUGGGUCUGGGGAAGACCCUUCAGACCAUCUCACUGCUAGCUUACAUGAAGCACUACCGGAACAUCCCAGGGCCACACAUGGUUUUGGUGCCCAAGUCGACGCUGUACAACUGGAUGAAUGAGUUUAAGCGCUGGGUGCCCUCUCUUAGAGCUGUCUGCCUCAUUGGUGACAGGGAACAGAGGAAUGCGUUCAUCCGUGACACCCUGUUGCCAGGGGAGUGGGAUGUGUGUGUGACCUCCUAUGAGAUGCUCAUCAUUGAGCGGGCCGUCUUCAAGAAGUUCAACUGGAGGUACCUAGUCAUUGAUGAGGCCCAUCGCAUCAAGAAUGAAAAGUCAAAGCUGUCAGAAAUCGUUCGUGAGUUUAAGACUACCAACCGUCUGCUGCUGACUGGAACCCCGCUCCAGAAUAACCUUCAUGAGCUGUGGGCUCUGCUCAACUUCCUGCUGCCUGAUGUCUUCAACUCCUCUGAGGACUUUGAUUCCUGGUUUGACACAAACAACUGCCUGGGGGACCAGAAGCUUGUGGAACGUCUGCACACUGUCUUGCGUCCUUUCCUGCUGCGUCGUAUCAAAGCUGACGUAGAGAAAUCUCUGCUUCCCAAGAAGGAGGUGAAGAUGUACGUUGGGCUCAGCAAGAUGCAGAGAGAAUGGUACACAAAGAUCCUGAUGAAGGACAUUGACAUUCUCAACUCAGCGGGUAAGACCGAUAAAAUGCGCCUGCUGAACAUUCUGAUGCAGCUGAGGAAGUGCUGUAACCACCCCUACCUGUUUGAUGGCGCGGAGCCCGGACCUCCCUACACCACUGACUCGCACCUGGUGGUCAACAGUGGCAAGAUGGUCGUGUUGGACAAGCUGCUGCCUAAGAUGAAGGCCCAAGGUUCCCGUGUGCUCAUCUUCAGUCAGAUGACCAGGGUGCUGGACAUCCUGGAAGACUACUGUAUGUGGCGUAACUAUGGUUACUGCCGUCUAGAUGGACAGACCCCUCAUGAAGAGAGACAGAUCUCAAUUAACGCCUUCAAUGAGCCAAACAGCUCGAAGUUCAUCUUCAUGCUGAGCACCAGGGCUGGAGGUCUGGGCAUCAACUUGGCCACAGCAGAUGUGGUCAUCAUCUAUGACUCUGACUGGAACCCACAGGUCGACCUACAAGCCAUGGAUCGGGCUCACAGAAUCGGUCAGAAGAAGCAGGUGCGUGUAUUCCGCUUCAUCACUGAGAACACGGUAGAGGAGCGCAUUGUGGAGAGAGCCGAAAUGAAGCUGCGCUUGGAUUCCAUUGUCAUCCAGCAAGGCCGUCUUGUGGACCCAAACGCGAACAAGCUCGGUAAAGACGAGAUGUUGAACAUUAUCAGGCAUGGGGCCACACACGUCUUCGCCUCCAAGGAGAGUGAGAUCACUGAUGAGGACAUUGAUGAGAUCCUGGAAAGAGGAGAGAAGAAGACUGAAGAGUUGAAGGAAAAGAUGGGUAAACUUGAAGAAGGCUCCCUGCGGAACUUCACCAUGGAAAACACGGAAAACAGCGUCUACAACUUUGAAGGAGAGGAUUACAGGGAAAAGAAAAAGGUCAUCACAAACUGGAUUGAGCCGCCAAAGCGAGAGCGGAAGGCUAACUAUGCUGUCGACGCCUACUUCAGAGAGGCACUGCGUGUCAGUGAACCCAAAGCCCCCAAGGCUCCAAGACCUCCCAAGCAGCCCAACGUUCAGGACUUCCAGUUCUUCCCACCAAGACUCUUUGAGUUAUUGGAAAAAGAGAUCCUCUAUUAUAGAAAAACCAUCGGCUACAAGGUUCCACGGAACCCAGACCAGCCAAACUCAGCACAGGUGCAGAAGGAGGAGCAGGCGAAGAUUGAUGAGGCCGAGCCUCUGACGGAGGAGGAGCUGGAGGAGAAGGAGAACCUCCUCACACAGGGAUUCACCAUCUGGAACAAGCGUGACUUUAACCAGUUCAUCAAGGCUAAUGAGAAGUGGGGCCGAGAUGACCUUGAGAACAUUGCCAGAGAGGUUGAGGGCAAAACACCAGAGGAGGUCAUGGAAUAUUCUGCUGUGUUCUGGGAACGAUGCAAUGAACUGCAAGAUAUUGAGAAAAUCAUGGCCCAGAUUGAGAGGGGAGAGGCCAGGAUUCAGAGGAGGAUUAGCAUAAAGAAAGCACUGGACUCAAAGAUUGGUCGCUACAAGGCUCCGUUCCAUCAGCUGCGCAUCUCCUACGGCACCAACAAGGGAAAGAACUACACGGAGGAGGAGGACCGCUUCCUCAUCUGCAUGCUACACAAACUGGGCUUCGACAAGGAGAGCGUCUACGACGAGUUGCGCCAGUGCAUCCGAAACUCGCCACAGUUCCGCUUCGACUGGUUCCUCAAGUCUCGUACUGCCAUGGAACUGCAGAGGAGGUGUAACACACUGAUUACGCUAAUUGAGCGAGAGAACAUGGAAUUGGAAGAAAGGGAGAAGGCAGAGAAGAAAAAGAGAGGCCCUCGCACAUCUUCAGCUCAGAAACGCAAGGCUGAGGGGACUCCAGACGGUCGCGGACGCAAGAAGAAGCUCAAGUUGUAAGCUGCACAUAGCACAGGGGUUACUGUUCGAGGGGUUAGGGGGAACCACCUCCGCCCCCCCCC